AUGGAAAAGUCCAAAAGGGGUCUGGAGGACAGAACAGAAAGUCGAUCGCCAAAAAGGCUGAAAACCAGCGGAAACAAAAGCUUCAAUGACGACAGUGCCGCCGAAGACACCGAAAUAGAGGACAACAACGAGCCUACCACUUCCCAUCACCAGGCCGAGACACCCUCACCUGAACAAGGCUUCAACACCAACCACAUCCAACCCAGCAUCGAGGAGGAUAUCGAAGCCGUCCCACCAACCCCUGAGUACGAAACAGUGGCUUUGUCGAUGGACUCAAUCGAGCCAAUCGACGAGGAGGAUACCGGCCUUCCAUCUUCCGGCACACCCUCAUCUUCUCCCUUCCCUUUGCCUUCUAUCUCACUAUCGGCAUUUCAACCUCACAAUGUUUCGUCCGCCACAGCAUCACCCAUGCAGCACCCUUCUUCCGAAUCCAGUGGGGACUCCUCGUCCUUGCCAAGGUCCAUCUCGAAUUUCUCAUCGUACACCUCAAUAUCCGAGGGAAACUCGGAGGAGGAAGGCUGGGAGGAAGACGAGUGGGAUGAAGUAGUCUUUGGCGACGAACCCAGUAGCGACCAUGAGGGCGUUGACAUGGCCGAAGACGAAAGCGACAGCGAUAGCGACAGCAAUAGCGACAGUGAUAGCGAUAGCGAUAGCGAGACAUCCCUCGAAGCACAAUCGCAACAAGGAAACCGGCAAAUCUUUGCGUCCAAAUACUGCAGCUGGCCCGACUUUAACGCCCCGAUUGAUGCCGUGGGGCCGCAGACGACCGUCAUUUACGAAUGUUCGAACGACGAGGACGAGCUCCCCUUUGAAGGGGUACGGUAUCCAGGGAUGGACAUUCUCGCUUUGGAAGGUUACGAUCCUGCAGUUAAUCGUUGUAGUGACCAGGAGCCCGAAGGAUCCUUCAUGGACGAUGAUGAGGAUGAGGGAAGCGAUGGAGACGAUGAAGACAACGACGAAUGGGAUUUCGAAAGCAACUCCGAGACUGAAGCGGAAUGGUGGGGAGGUACAAAUUCUUCGAGAUGGCGCUGGACUCCUCAUGCUUGUCUGCGUGACACUGAAGGUCUGUCGGCAAGGAUGGAGCAAUCAGUACUCAGAAACCCUCCGUCUAGCUCAGACGAAACCUGGACCACUGCAGUUCGCACAAGCGAAAGCUGGGAAACUGCCGACGAGGGCAUGAGUCCAACUGACCAUGAGCAAGUAGAACGGACCAGAAGGGAUCUUGGGAAUGAAGAAAGUGCCCGACCGGCCAAACGUCUGAAGAGUGGCGAAGGAGAAGUUUAUGAGGAGACUCGGGAGCGUAUGAUGGUCACAUAUCCGCAAUUUGUGGAUCCUGUCGACGAUGUCGACGGCCCCGACGCUCAGCUCGAUGAUCGCCGCCUCGGUGGGCUAUGGGAUAUUGUCAGAGAGAACGCCAUGAAGGACGCCACGGCAAGUCAGGACGAGAACUUCGAUGAUAGCAUGGAUGGCUCUAACAGCGACGGUCUAAGUGACAACGAAGAGUGCACCAACUCGAGCCAAAAGUCCAGCCAGCGAUCCAUGACACUAUCACCUCAACGAACAUCCAGUACCCCUACCAUUCUCCCCAGCAUUGAGAUCAGUCCUACAGGUACCAAUUCAGACAACUCAUCGGACUUGGGGCAUUAUCCCCGAACGCCAUCCCCGCGCCAUCAGCUACCUAUUUCCCCAGCACCUUACAUCUCGCCCAUAUCCCCUCCCAUCUCCCAGUUCGUUACAGCUGUCCCCUCUUUCACUUUUACUCCACAGGCUGCUGCACAUAUCUCACCUACGUCCCAUUUGGGGUCAUCUAGAGACACCUGGCCUCCGCCUGAUCUCGUACCUUCUGCGUCUCCUCAUACCUCUUUCAAAGAAGAAGAAGGAGAAGAAGAAGUUACGGAAGAUGACUGGACUUUGGAGAGAGAGGAGGAGGAAGAAGAAUGGGAAGGCUUUCCUGAUGAGGAGGACGAUGACCAAGAGGAAGAGGAGCAGGAGGAAAAGGAUGACUUAAAGAAGAAAAGAAAGAGCAAGAAGAUAAAAACCAGGAAGAGCAUUGUAUUUUGGAGGAGGGAGGCAUGGAAGAAGGAGAGAAGGAGGGCGAUGAAAAGUGAGGAAGAAGAAUGGGAGGGAUUCUCGGAUGAGGAAAGGGAGGGGGAUACAGAAUUGGAGGAAGGAGACUCGGAGGAUGGUGGUGCCUCACCUACACCACUAUCAUCAUCAUCAUCAUCAUCACCCGCGCCCCCAUUUCACAUACGCCGUUUCCUUCGCCGUAACCUCCGCCCACGCCGUUCCACGGAUCAGACAGUAACGGAAGAAUUUACGUUCGACUAG